AUGCUCGUCCACCAUCUCAUUGUUUGCGCUCUCGUCGGUGUGGCUUCCGCUGGCGACAUCCUCAUUUUCCCAUCGUCGCUCUAUCCGGUGCACGCCUACACGAUGUCGUUUCUCGCCAACGAGCUCGCCUCGCGCGGCCACCAAAUCGAUUGGCUCGAAAUCGGCUCGAAGCGAUCAUCGGCGAUUCUCGAUGCUCGCGUCCGUCGCCACUAUUGGCCGGUGUCGUUCGCCGAACGCAGUCUCGACGAUCUCUACACUCAUCGGAAUCAUUCGACGCAUUCCCGACUGUGGGAUUCCGAUUUUUUGAACGCCAAUGAGCAAACCAUCGGCUGGUUGGCAUCGAUCAAUCAAUGCGAUCAAUUGCUGACGAAGCAUAGCUCGAAAUUCUCGAAAAUUCUCGAAAAAAAUUAUGACACAAUAGUUAUCGAUGAUUUAUACAAUCCUUGUGGAAUUCUUCUAGCCGGUUUGAAAAAAUCGGUUUAUGUUUAUUGGAGCAUGACCUCAAUGAGGACCGAAUCCGCGUGGGCUAACCAGAGUCCGUCACCACCGAGUUAUCUUCCAGUGCCGGGAACCGGACUCACCGACGACAUGACAACCAUUGAGCGUCUUUACAACAUCGCCUCGUACUUUAAGCAACUCUAUAUUCAUCAGCAUUUGGUGCAGCCUCGAAUCGACGCGGUGUUUCAGAAGCAUUUUCCAGGCGUUUCAAGCGCGUUCGAGAUCGAGCGGAACGCCUCGAUCAAUUUCGUCAACAAUCCGCCGAUUUUCGACUUCGCGCGACCCUACAUGCCGCGCGUCAAUUUCGUCGGCGGCCUUCAUUGCCGCCAACCGAAACCGCUGCCCGACGCCAUCGAGCGAUUCUUCGCCGCCGGCCGCGGAUUCGUGCUGCUCACCACCGGCUUCACGGCUCGAUGGUCGUUGGCGCCGAGAAGCGUCAUCGACGCCUAUUUGCGCGCGUUCGAAACGCUCGCCGAUUAUCGAUUUGUAUGGCAGUAUGAUGGGGAGACGAUCGAGAAGCUGCCCGACAAUGUGUUCGUGUCUUCCUGGCUUCCACAACAGGAUCUUCUAGGCCAUCCAAAAUGUCUAGUGCACGUGACGCACGGCGGCCUCAACAGUGUGAUCGAAUCGAUUUGGCACGGUGUGCCCGUCGUCGGACUGCCGCUGACGGCGCGAGGCCGCGACAAUCUGCUGCGAGUCGCGGCGCGCGAUUCGGGCGUCAUUCUCGAGAAACGCGAUCUCGAGAAGCUCUCCGACGCGAUCAGCGAGGUGGCGACGAGCAAAAAGUACAAAGAGGAGAUGCUGGUGUUCCAGGAUAUGCUCAUUGAUGUGCCCUACACGGAGCUCGAGCACGCCGCGUUUUGGGUCGAAUUCAUCGAGCGACAUCACGAGGUCCCGCACGCGCGCUCCGGCGCCGAUCAUCUCAACGUCCUUCAAUACUUUCUAGUAGACGUCAUCGCAUUCUUCAUUUUUGUGAUUUAUUGUACACUCUCGAUUGCUCUAUUCAUCAUCAGAGCUCUCUUCCAAGCGGCUCUCCGCGUUCUAUCAUUGAUAGGCGUUCGAAAAAAUUCAAAUCGGGUCUCGAAGGGCAAAAAGAUGAAUUAG